AUGCCAAUAUGUAACAAUUUGUCUAUUUUGUCAUUUAUUUCCAAUAUUUUGGUCCAAUUUUACAGAAGCACCUUGUGCAGAAGCACAAAAGCUCUGGCCCAAAGCUCAUUCCAUAAAAAAAUCAACUCAAUAAUUGAAUUGAAUCUACACAACCUGCCCUACCUUGGCUGUAAGCAACAUGUGAAUUGUCACCUGGGAGGGAUAAUUAUUCAUACCUCAUUUGUGUCCUUUGUCCUCCUAGACGCUAAUUUAUGUGCUUUGUCUCCUCCCCAUAUAUUGGUUACAUCUCAUCUAAAGUGA